CAAACAAACUGUAUUAUUUGUGAAAACACAUUUAAUUAGAAGAAGAGAUGAUGAGAAUGGCAACAAAUAUGAGUGAUGAACAACUCCCAGUUGUGAAGUUUUGUUCACAGAAUUUGAAGAGUGGAACUGAGGAAUGGGUUUCCACAACGAAGAAAGUUCGGGAAGCUCUUGAGGAAUAUGGUUGUUUCGUAGCAUUAUACGACACCGUUUCAGCAGAAGUAAGUUCCAAUAUGUUUGAUUCUUUAAAAGAGUUGUUUGAUGAAGUUCCUUUGGAGAGGAAGCUUCAGAAUGUUUCUGAGAAGCCAUACCAUGGCUACUUUGGUCAAAACCCUCUAAUGCCCAUCCAUGAAAGUAUGGGAAUCGAACACCCCAUUCUCCCCACCAAUAUCAACUCUUUCACUAAUCUCAUGUGGCCUUCUCGUGGAAACCACUCUUUCCGUGAGAAUGUGACAGCGUAUGCGAAUUUGGUAUCGGAAUUGGAUAAAAGGGUGAAAAGCAUGGUGUUUGAAAGCUAUGGGGUUGGGAAUGCAUUAAGAAGCCAUAUGGAAUCCACAAAAUAUCUUAUGAGAAUGAUAAAAUACCGAGUCCCAAAGGAAAAAGAGAUGAAUUUGGGAGCAUUUCCUCAUACUGAUAAGAGCUUUCUCACAAUUCUUCAUCAAAACGAAGUAAAUGGUUUACAGAUCAAAACAAGAGAUAACAAAUGGAUUCAAUAUCAUCCUUUUUCUUCUUCUUCGACCUCAUCUUUCAUUGUCAUGGCUGGAGAUGCUUUCUUUGCAUGGAGCAAUGGCAGGAUCUACUCACCACCACACAGAGUGAUAAUGAGUGGAAACAAAGAGAGAUAUUCAGUUGGAUUGUUUUCAUUCAACAAUGGAAUUGUUCAAAUUCCUAAAGAAUUGGUUGAUGACAAACAUCCACAAUUGUUUAAACCCUUUGAUCAUCAAGACUAUCUUCGUUUCUACAGCACCGAGAGAGGUCAAAAUUCUCCUUGUGCCAUCAAAGCUUAUUGUGGAGUUGGAAAUAGCCUCAUUGAUACGGAUACUCGGAGUCCUCUUCUCUUGCAUUGAGGAAUAAAUUCAUCAUAUCCACCUCAACUUACUAUUACCAAUCAUAUCGAAUGACUUUUUAAGUGCUUAAAAUAUUGUAUUUAAAACAAACACUUAAAAAGUUAUUUAAAUGAAUAGACAAUCUUAGUUUUAUAAUUUUAGGAUGCACCUUGAAUUUUGAGGCUAUAAUCGUUGGUGGCUUGAAAUGCCCCGUUCACAGA